CCGAAAUAGACAGCCAACGAAUGAAAUUCGCAGCACGUCCACUGACUAACUCGGGCCCUUCACAACUAUGCCAACAAUUUAAACGCGUCGUAAACACACACCAAAAGUUGGCUUUGAAUUUCACUAAAGCGCUGUAUCUGCUCUUCUGUUCUUAUUUAUUGACCACUACUUUGGGAUUUCUUUUCGCUGAAUUCAUCACCUAUCGCUGAAAAAUGCAGACGACUCGUUUGCUGAGGGAACGAAACAACACGUACCGGGUGAAGACCAGUAUUCGGAAGGACAUGGGGACACAGCUUUACCAAACGACUACGAAAGCGACUCCGAACUAUCUGAAGAUUACAAUAAAAUGAAAUUCCAUUCAACCAAAAUUGACUUGUCGCUGAAAAUUCUGAGAGAGGAGCUGGUUGGACUACGUGCCUCCGGUGACACCCUUUCUCGCCAAGUUGCAACGAUGUUCAGAACAUUUAAUGAAAUGAAAGACUCUGGCGCCCUCAGCGACGUUAGUGACGUAGAAUUUGAAUACGAAUCAGAUGACGAUAGUCAAACAACCAACCCGAGUUCUGCGGGUUCAUUAGACGAUGAUUUCGACUAUAUAUCAGAAGACAGAAGCAGGGAACUCAGAAGAGCAAGUUGUCCUACAAAUUCGUUAGAUUCUGGUUACUAUUCCCGGUCAGACUCUUCAUACGGCCGACCAAUGAGGCCCGGCAGUCUAUAUAUAUCUCCACCAAUCAGCGGCGAGGAAGAUAACUACGAUUCCAGUAUUGACAUCCGGAGUUCCAGCGAGGAUGAAUAUGAACCUUCACAUCAUCAUGGCAGGUGUGCUUGUUGUCCCCCCUCUCCAACUGAAAGUGUUGAAAGUGUCAAAUCGUUUUGUUCAUCCAGAAGUUCUUCCUCGUCAUCGCUUUCCGAGAGCGAUGACGAGACAGACGAUACUAAGCGGGACAAUUUCUUCAACUUCGCCGAAACCCACAGUAGUGGCGUCGCCGAGAAAGAUAAUAGCGAAAGCCAUGGUGACGUGAGAGCGAAAAAUGACAGUAAACAAUUCGAAAGUGAAGAAGAUGCGGCUUUAUGGAGACGGCGACGACUGAGUCCUGUGUACGAAAACUCCCCUGGACACCACGAACCCAAGGGAGGGCCCUUUAUACCAACACUGGUGUUUGAACGCAAGGGAGAAGAAGAGAAACGUAUUAAAAACGAUAAAGUACCAUUAAGUCCUAUUGUAGAAACGUCAAUUGAUGAUGUACCUCCAUCACCGAUGAGCCCCAUACUAGAACGAAAAAGUUCGGAAUCAGCUGAUGAUAGUCAUGACGUCAGCGAUACGACUGAAGAUGAAUCAGUAAAGACAGAAGUCGAAGUGGACGACAUCUCCACAGAUGAAAUUGCUCCUGAUGAAGAACCCGAGAUCCAGAGAUCAAAGAGUGUCCGCGAGCUGAAGGCUGCUUUUCAGGCAAAGAGUUUGACGGACACGCAGCAGAAAAGUGAACCCAAAGAAGAAAAAGUGAAAAUAAAACAGAAAACUGAGAAUCAUGUCAACUUAAAGGGGAAAAUCGUCAUUUCUGAAAAAGGUGUUGAAAAUCGACUUGAAGAAUCGCAUGAACCGGACAGAAAACAACUUGCCACACAAGUUAGGGAGCUCAAGAGAUGGUGGAAAGAUAAACAAAAUACAGAUGAGAAAUCAUCAAAUGAGAAAAAUACCAGCAAAUCGCUGCCACGUAAGAUCAAUAAAGUAGCGCCCUAUUCGCUAAUCGACAAUGAAGGGUUGAAUAACCCACCUCGAGAAUCUGAAAAAAAAAUCGACAUGAAACAUUCCGAGGAAGUUCGAGAUAAAAAAGAAGAUUAUGUACCUGUUGAAGCGGUUUAUAGUAAAAUUCACCACGACAGGCCAACGAGUGUACCACGAACCGCCAUUGUCGUACCAUCGGCACAAUCUGACGACGAACUACUGACUCCGUCUCGUGGCAGAGGGCGUAGUAGGAAGAAAUACAUAAACGACACAGAACUUCAAAAGGAACAUCUUUCCCCGUCAGAAAGAUUCCUGAGAUCAUUAUCAAUGGAUGAAGGUUUUCAACUUAUGCAUCCUGUGAGGGGCAUGAAGAAACCUUCACGGACGACAAUCACGUCCAAAAUAAAACAAAGAAGAACCCCGGCGCCACAAAUUGCUAACAUCAUCUCACCCGAUAUUGACAUACCACGCGAUACGGGUGUUCUCAUGCAACCAGUUCGUAGUCAAGUCUAUCGCCGUGAGCAUAGUUGUCCGCCAGAAAUGAGAAUACACGAUAAUCGUCCGAAAUUUUUACCAUUUCCAAGGCGAUAUGGAAUAGGAAGACGGUGGAGCUUAACUCCAGAAGAAUUGAAGCAGAAAGAGGAGGUGUCCCCCAAACGCCGUCACUGUGUUGGUAGCGAUCCUUACGCGGAAACACACAGCGCCAAGGAAUAUCCACCUGCCCGCGUUUGCGAACCUCUCGCCCAGACUGAACAGUUGUCAGCAUCUAAAGUAGUGCUGUCAGCAAAGACGAACAAUGUACAAAAUCUUUUCAAGGAAUUACAACAGACAGAAAAGUCCACCGACGAUGCUCCUUCACCUAAAUCAGCGGUACCAAAAGGUGCAAAAUAUGGCGAUUUUAUGUUUGUUAAAGAAAAUAGACUCAAGCAAAUGCCGGAUGGAUCAACAAAAAGUUCAAAAUGUCUCAAAAUCGUGGUAAAAAGUGUUAAAAAGCUACCCACAAGUAAUGAUGAGAGUAAAGUCGAGUCUCGCGAUGAAAAUGCAAAUAUGCCACAGGGCAGAGACAAAGGCGAGACGUCUAAAACUGAGCGCGUUACAACUACGUUUAAAACACAGAUCGGUAAUGUAGACCAUUCAGAUAAAACUAAGCAGAUACAAUUACACGCCAGAACUACACCACUGAUAACCAGAGAGAUACCGCUGACAACCGUGACAACCGGAUACACACCAUACAUAACAACAGACAUACCAAUCGUAACUAGGAGUAUACCAAUACUAACUACAGAUAAUCCUGUGGUAACUAGACAUAUAUCAACGAAUAGCAGAGAAAUACCGAUAACGAUCACACAAUCACCGCGAGUAAUGCAAGAAAUCAACGAAGAUAACGCCGCGACUUUCAAAACCGAAAUCGAUACCGAAGAGGGCGGCAACGUUAUCGUUAUCAGACGCGUUAAGCAUUUUCAGCCGAAGAAGUCAACGAGUAGCGUGAUGACAAACUUACGAAUUGAUGUGCCAUCCAAUACGGAGAUAGGCAAUCGUGAGUUUAAAAUCCCGUUACAAAUACAGCAAUCGUCUUACGGUGGACAGAUGAAUACGCAACGGUUACAAAGUGGACGAGUCAAAAGCACGUAUAGGCAUACCUUCGGCACUUCCUAA